GGCAUCCAGGAAACUGAGCUAUAGUAGGCUGGCGCAAACAAAACCCAGGGGGGUCCCAAGAGAUUUCGGGUACGUAAAAGGGAAAGGGGUGCUCGCCCUCAGCGUUAACAGCCCCCACGGCCGAGAGCCAGAGUACAUAAAGCAGCAGUUUCCACCGGCUGGGCCGAAGGGGAGGAUGACGGGAGAGGACAAGCAACUACAAGCCCCAGCAUGCAGCGCGCAGCGUGGCCCCUGGAGAGGCCGGCAGUGCGGGCUGCCAGGCCUCGGUCCAGACUCAGUGCCGGCGAAUACAGGGUGACUGUCGGUCAAGCAGAGAGCUCAUCAUGAGGAGGACGGGCGCGGCGCUGUGCACCAGCCUUUAGGUCUCGCAUCCUCAACGCCUGCUGUUUCGGGGACGCCUGGCAUGCUGGGGAGUCAGGGGUCUGCGGGCCAGCUUGUCGGCCUCGGACGGUGUCGGACCUCCAAGGCCCUAGAGCCUCUGGAGUUACCACGGGACGACAGAACCGGACGUGACGCCGCCGUAGAGGAAGAAGAGAGGCGGAGCGUGGCGCGGUGACGUCCUCCCAAGAUGGCGGAGAGAGAGUGAAGAAACUGUUCCCCCUGGGUGGCGGUCGAUCAAGGGUAAAAUUCCAUUCUGAUAUCAAAAUGCAGUAUUCACACCACUGUGAGCACCUUUUAGAGAGACUGAACAAACAACGGGAAGCAGGUUUUCUUUGUGACUGCACCAUAGUGAUUGGGGAAUUCCAGUUUAAAGCCCAUAGGAAUGUGCUUGCCUCCUUUAGUGAGUAUUUUGGUGCAAUCUACAGAAGCACUUCUGAAAACAAUGUUUUUCUUGAUCAGAGUCAGGUGAAGGCUGAUGGAUUUCAGAAACUGUUGGAGUUUAUAUACACAGGAACUUUAAAUCUUGACAGUUGGAAUGUUAAAGAAAUUCAUCAGGCUGCUGACUAUCUCAAAGUGGAAGAGGUAGUAACUAAAUGUAAAAUAAAGAUGGAAGAUUUUGCUUUUAUUGCUAAUCCCUCUUCUACGGAGAUAUCAAGUAUUACUGGAAACAUUGAAUUGAAUCAACAGACUUGUCUUCUUACUCUUCGAGAUUAUAACAAUCGGGAAAAAUCAGAAGUAUCUACAGAUUUAGUUCAGGCAAAUUCUAAACGAGGAGCUUUAGCAAAGAAAUCUUCUCAAACUAAAAAGAAGAAAAAAGCUUUCAACUCCCAGAAAACAGGGCAGAAUAAAACAGUGCAAUAUCCCAGUGACAUUUUAGAGAAUGCAUCUGUUGAAUUAUUCCUAGAUGCAAAUAAAUUGUCCACACCCGUAGUCGAACAAGUUACACAAAGAGACAAUUCAGAACUCGAGUUGACAUCGGUUGUGGAGAAUACCUUUCCUGCACAAGAUAUUGUGCAAACUGUUAGAGUGAAACGGAAGCGUGGAAAAUCACAGCCAAAUUGUGCUCUGAAAGAACACUCUAUGUCUAAUAUAGCCAGUGUCAAGAGUCCUUAUGAGCUGGAAAACUCUGGGGAAGAACUGGAUCAGAGGUAUUCCAAGGCCAAGCCAACGUGUAACACAUGUGGGAAAGUGUUUUCUGAAGCCAGCAGCUUGAGAAGGCACAUGAGAAUACAUAAAGGAGUGAAACCUUAUGUUUGCCACUUGUGUGGAAAAGCAUUUACCCAGUGUAAUCAACUGAAAACGCACGUAAGAACUCAUACAGGUGAGAGGCCAUACAAAUGUGAAUUAUGUGAUAAAGGAUUUGCUCAGAAAUGCCAGCUAGUCUUCCAUAGUCGCAUGCAUCAUGGUGAGGAAAAACCCUAUAAAUGUGAUGCAUGCAAUUUACAAUUUGCAACUUCUAGCAAUCUCAAGAUUCAUGCAAGGAAGCACAGUGGAGAGAAGCCAUAUGUUUGUGAUAGAUGUGGACAGAGAUUUGCCCAGGCCAGCACACUGACCUAUCAUGUCCGUAGGCAUACUGGAGAAAAGCCUUAUGUGUGUGACACCUGUGGAAAGGCAUUUGCUGUCUCUAGUUCUCUUAUCACUCAUUCUCGAAAACAUACAGGUGAAAAACCAUACAUAUGUGGUAUUUGUGGGAAAAGUUUUAUUUCCUCAGGAGAGCUCAACAAACACUUUCGAUCCCAUACAGGAGAAAGACCAUUUAUCUGUGAAUUAUGUGGAAAUUCUUACACAGAUAUUAAAAAUUUAAAGAAGCACAAAACAAAAGUCCACUCUGGUGCAGAUAAAACUCUGGAUUCCAACGUGGAGGAUCAUACUUUGAGUGAACAAGAUUCCAUACAGAAAAGUCCUCUGUCAGAAACUAUGGAUGUGAAGCCUUCUGAUAUGACUUUACCAUUAACUCUUCCCCUUGGGACUGAGGACCACCACAUGCUUCUGCCUGUCACAGAUAAUCAGUCUCCUACAUCAGAUACAUUGUUGAGGUCAACUGUGAAUGGGUAUUCAGAACCACAGUUGAUUUUUUUACAACAAUUAUACUGACUUUGUGAGGAAUGUGGAAUCGCUAAGAUGUCUGUGGUAGUAAGCAUAAACAUCUCUGGUAAGGUGCAUAUAUUCAUAUUAAAUUCUCAUUCAUUUGAAUUGUGACCAUUUUUUUUCGUUCACUGAAGUAAAAGCACCUGAUGCUGCAUCAUAACUGCAGUACUUGUUUUGAUUUGGGGCUUUUAUGUCUAGACUAUAUACACAGCUUUUUAAGGAAUGAAUUCUAUGGUAGCACUAUCUUGGGUGGGUGGAUUAGUUUUAUUCUUUUAAAUUAAAGCCUCCUUAAUUCCAUUUUUAUUUUGCAUUUUAGAAUUGCAUUUCAUUUAUUGCAGUAGAAUCUGUCAGUUUGUAGUGCUUCCAUUUGGUCUGUGGAAUUUUCUAAUCUUCCCAUGCCCCAUCCUGUUCAAAAUUUAAACAAAAUCCGUGCUAGUAUCAGUCCCAAAGUAAGUCCCAUAGAUCAAACCAUAAACUAUGGUGGAAAAAAUGUUCAUAUUUCCACCUAUGAAAAUUUAGUUACUGAAUAAGAGCUGUGUUGUUUUUAUAUUAAUAUGUUCCAUUAGAGGUAACUUCUUUAGUGAAACCAAAAGAACUGUUUGCUCUUAAGAUCUAGGAAACUAUAUAUAAAAAUUUUUGUCAUUUAGAACUCAAUAUUCUGGGUUCUAAACCAAUGGUCAGUUGAGUCAGGUUUUUGAUUUAUUUGAGACUAUAUUUUCAAAAUGAAUUUUAAACAUAUUUGGUGUUUUUAAUCUAGUCAAAAGACAGUUUUGAAAUUUGAUUCAGUUUAUAUUUUAUUGAGUUUUUGGAUUGGAAAUGAAUAUAUACUGAGUUUUGAAAAUUUUUGAUAAGCCUUCUCAUGCCUAUUAUAUACUUUUUAAAAUAUAUUCUAAAAAGAAUUUUCUGGAUAUAAAGAGUAUAAACUAGAAUCACUUGAUUUCUAAAUUUGAUACAUUAUAUUGCAUAAAGAUUAAGAAAUCUGCAUAGCAAACUUGAGGCCCUGGCUGUCCACAGCACAUCAUAAAAGAAAAAGAAGUUAAAAAAUCAACUUCAGUUAAAGUUAACAUUUUGGGCUAUCAAAAGGCCAGUUUAUCAAACAUUUUAUAUGAGCUUUGUGUUUUUAAAUUUUCUAAAUUAAACUACAACUUUGGGUUGUUGUCAUAGUUUCACAGUGGUCCUUUACCUUCCAAGAGAAUAUUGAAAAGUCAGUAUUUAUCCUCAUAUUUACUACCACUCUUCUCCAUCUCACUUUUCCCACAUAUUAAUUUCUUUCUCCCUUGAUCUUUGGACAUUAAAUUAUCAGUUUCACAAAGUCACUUCCCAUAAUGCCAAUUGAAUAGCGUAGUGACAUUAUUUCCCAUUUCUGCCAUGCAUUAGUUAUGGCUUACUUGUUUUCGAGUUUUAAACUACACCUGUAAUAAAGUUAAUGUGUUUAUUGGU